GUGAGAUAAACAAGUUCUUGAGAAAUCUUGUUCUUCCGAUGCUGCAUCCACAUAGGAUUCAUAGAUUAGAAGACAGACCAGCAGCAGUGUGAUAAGGAAUUUAAUGGAGUCCAUGGAAUGUAUUGGAAUGAAGAUGGAAGAAGAGAAGGCAGGGAGUAUAGAAAGUUGUCACUUCUAUGCUUUAAACUCGAAUAUGUACCGAUGCUGUGCUUGUCAUGAUAGCUGUGUGCCUGAGUAGGACUUCCAGCUACCGCUGAAACUUCUUCCGUGUUCUGUGGCUAGGAAAGUUCUGUGGUUUCUGGAAAUGAAUGAACGCUAUCACUGUUUAGACUAUCCUUUCCAUUUACCAAACAGGUGCCCUCAUUUUUCUCCAGCCUUAUAUUCCUACUAUUCUUGGAUUGAAUUAUACAUGUAUAAGUACAGAAAUAUGCAUUAUUCUACAAUAAUAAACUCUUGAAAUCUGACAUAAUAAAAGUCUUGUUGACGUCUUGUGAUAGCUGAGCGACCGAUGAAUGGUUACAGCACGUCACUGAUUGUAGUCCAGUCACCGUUGAAAAUAAUCAAUCAGAGACGUAUGGAAAUGCCUAAUGUUAUCCUUAAAAAUACAUCCAGUUAUUAGUUUAUUUUUAUCUGUGAAGCAUGCCUUGCUACCUGAUAUACUAAAAUAUCUUAAAUGAAUACUAUUUUUUGUCAUUUUUUGGUUACUGUUAUUUGUCACUGUCAUGAGGCAUUGAAUUCAAUGUUACUGUAAUUAGGACAGAUUUGGACCAGAAAAUAACGCUAAAGUAGUACAACUGGAUUCUCCAUCGUUCAGAGGUCUGGAGUCAACAACAUCGCCAUCACGCACAUGAGCCACUAGUCUAGUCGGUAUGCAUUUACUCAACUUUUGCUUGGCGGCAAGUAGCUAAGUCUCCUAGUCAACAACAUCACUGUCAUGUAGAGCCAGCAGUUGGCAUGUAAUUACCCUCUCAAAAUACAAAAACUUUGGCAGCCACUCCCUUAUUUGUCCAUUCAUCCCUGUGAAACAGUCUGCCAUGGCGAUGCCCACUACUCUCAAGGCCUUGACCGUUUUAUAUGUGCUUGUAGUUCUUGCUGCAGAUCAAGCCAAAGGGCAGAAUCAUCGGCCUGAUUGUCCUUCUUUCUCAUGUGGCCCACUUGGAUACGUCAGAUUCCCAUUUCGUCAGGUAAGUGAUCCACCUGGGUGUGGUUAUCAAUCUUACGAGCUAAUUUGCAGCGAUGCUAACGCUACAAUUCGCAUCGACAAUGCGACAUAUUAUGUGUCUGGAAUCAACUACAAUGAUUCUACCUUCUGGAUCGUCGAUGCUGACUUGGUUUUACACAACACCUGCCCUCUACCACGGUGGGUUCGUCCUCAUCAUCCUUCAUACUUACGCAAAGACAUGGAAAUCGAAUUGGCCCCACAUGCAGAUAGUCUGGCUUGUUUCGUUAAAUGUUCUCAGAAACUAAAGAACAGUGAUAUGUACAACAGUGGUAUGUACAACAGUGGUAUGUACAAGCCUAUCGCUUGCCUGAACACCAAUGAGUCUUUUGUUUACAUGGUAACUUGCCAAGGCACUCCUUUUAUGAAUUACCUUGAGCCUUCUUGUCGGUACUUGGCUAUGGCUCCUUUGCGUAGUUGGGUGCUAGAGGAUGCAAGUUAUGCAGAAAUUGUGAAGUCCAUGAAGAGCGGAUUUGCUGUUCGAUUUCCCUUCAGAUAUUAUGGAGGAAUGAAAGAGUGGAGCAUUAAGACAUGCCUAUUGCGUGAGAUUAGCAAGUUUCGUGGCCCAGCAGUGUCUGGAACGAGCAUCAAUGAUUGGAUUGCGAUAAUUCUUCUGAUGGGGGCUGAUUUUGCAGACUGCGUAUUUUAUGGGAUUGGACUUCCUUAUUAUGCUGGGAUAGAGCGGAAGGUCAUACUAAUUACUAUGCAGAAGCUGACAUUGACUGCCGAUCUAUGCAGGUUCGUGUUGGCACCCCUGGCUGUGUUGAUCUUUCUUGUCUACAAGUACUGGAAAACACGGAUCAGAAUUGAUGCAGUCGAGAAGUUCCUCCAAAUGCAACAAAUGCUUGGCCCAACAAGGUAUGCCUACACCGACAUCACUGCAGUCACAAGCCAUUUCAUACAUAAGCUGGGUCAGGGAGGCUACGGCUCCGUGUUUAAGGGUGUGCUAUUGCCAGGCAAUGUUCAUGUCGCGGUCAAAAUGCUAGACGGUAACUCCAACUGUAAUGGAGAAGAUUUUAUCAGCGAAGUUUCAACCAUUGGCAGGAUCCACCAUGUUAAUGUGGUGCGUUUAGUGGGGUUCUGCCUGGAGGAAAUGAGACAAGCGCUCGUCUACGAAUACAUGCCUCGAGGUUCUCUGGACAAGUACAUCUUCUCAGCUGAGAGGAGUUUUUCCUGGGAUAGGCUCGCCGAGAUUGCUUUGGGCAUCGCCAGGGGUAUCGACUACCUACAUCAAGGGUGCGAGAUGCAGAUUCUACACUUUGAUAUCAAGCCACACAACAUCCUUCUUGACAGCAAUUUUGUCCCAAAAGUUGCUGAUUUCGGUCUCGCCAAACUAUACCCAAGGGACAACAGUUUUGUGCCAUCUAGAGCUCUACGGGGAACUAUUGGGUACAUAGCUCCUGAGAUGAUAUCACGGAGCUUUGGUGUCAUAUCGAGCAAGUCUGAUGUUUACAGCUUCGGAAUGCUGCUGCUGGAGAUGGCUGGAGGAAGAAGGAAUGCCGAUCCAAAUGCACCAAACUCAAGCCAAGCAUACUACCCCUCAUGGGUGUAUGACAGACUAACUGAACAAGAAGUGUGUGAGAUAUCUCCCGUUGCUGGCAUGCACGAGUUGGAGAGGAAGCUGUGCAUCGUUGGACUAUGGUGCAUCCAGAUGAAGUCUCAUGAAAGGCCGACAAUGAGCGAGGUCAUAGAGAUGCUGGAAGGUGGCUUCGAUGGCCUGCAGAUGCCUUCCAGGCCAUUCUUCGGCGACGAUAAGCAAACCACUGUUCCGGAUUCUUACCCUUUGUUAUCCGAGCUGACGGAGAUCUCGGAUUCUUAUGUUUCCCGGGUCAUGUGAACUUUCAUGUGGAAACAUGUAACAAAAUCUAGCAGUUGUAAGAAGAGGAUGUAGAACUCCAACUGCUUAAUUGGUUGAUGUAAUCAUCAUUUUGGAAGACAUGUAUUAUUCGAAUAUAUAUGAAAUAAUAGCUUGUGAAAGCUGAAGUGUUAUUUGCGCUUUUGUA